AUGAACGACUGGUGUAAGAAGCAGUUCGGCUGGGACAGCGCCUCGAAGCGCGCCGAGCCUGGCAACCUCGCCGAACAGGUGCAGAAGUCUACAAUCAGCCUUGCGGAAGCAGAUGGCAUGCUCUACGAGUUCUUGUCCAGGCAUGUGAAGCAGGGCAAAGGCGUUUUGGCGGGCAACACGGUUCACAUGGACAAGCGAUUCCUGGACAAGUUCUGUCCGCGGUUUACUGGGCAUAUGCACUACCGAUUGGUAGAUGUGAGUACCAUCAAGGAGCUUAGCCGCAGAUGGUUUCCUGCUGAGUUCG